GUAUAUUUUUAUAUUCCAUUAGGGCUAUAUAUGAAAAUGUUUGUAUGUAGCAAGUUUUAAGUUUCUAUGCUGUUUACUUAAAAUAUGGGUGCUGCCGAUAGCAAGUUGAAUUUCAGACAGGCUGUUGUGCAGUUGACAAGCAAGAAAACGCCUGUGGAAGUUAAUGAUGAAGCAUUCUGGGAACAAUUCUGGAUGGAUUCUAUAACAAAUGUGAAUGACAUAUUUGCACUAAUUCCUGCUGCAGAAAUAAGAACAUUGCGUGAAGAAUGUCCAUCCAAUCUUGCUACAUUAUGCUAUAAGUGUGUGGAAAAGUUGGUGAAUGCAGCUUCAACAGGAUGCUCUGGGCAGUCUGAACAUUUAGCAGUGUUAAACUGCUGCAGAUUAUUAACCCGUGUCAUGCCGUAUAUUUUUGAAGAUCCAGAUUGGCGUGGGUUUUUUUGGUCAACAGUUCCAGGCCAGGGUGAGGCUGAAAGGAGCACAGAGAGUCAAGAAGAAACUGCCACACCAUUGGCACAAUCUUUAGUUGCUGCAGUUUGUGACCUUUUAUUUUGUCCUGAUUUUACUGUUUUUGCGAAACGAUCUGGUCCAGAUAAUCCAGAGGACCUUGCUAAUAUUGAUAGCUGUGCAUAUAUUUGGGAAGCUGGAGUUGGUUUUGCGUCAUCUCCCCCACACGUAGCUGCACACGACCUAAACAGGGCAGAAUUGUUGAAAUUACUUUUGACAUGUUUUUCAGAAGCUAUGUAUCUUCCGCCUGCAGAAGCACCUAAUACACCAAAUAAAUGGCUGCAGUACUUCGCUUCAUCUGAAAACAGGCAUGCCUUGCCACUAUUUACAUCCUUACUGAAUGUUGUAUGCUCUUAUGAUCCCGUUGGAUAUGGAAUACCGUAUAACCAUGUCAUGUUUAACGAUACACGUGAACCUUUAAUCGAAGUGGCGCUUCAGUUGUUGAUCGUUGUCCUGGACUAUGAUAUGGAACAACAACAAAUUUUAGAAAAUAUAAACAACCCAGACCAGUCUUUCGAGGGUACUGGCCCAGAAAAUUUGUUUUGUAAUUACUUGACAAGAAUACACAGAGAAGAGGAUUUUCAUUUCAUCCUUCGUGGCAUUACACAACUGUUGCAGAAUCCUUUAAUUCAGACCUACUUACCAAAUUCAUGCAAAAAAAUUGGAUUCCAUCAAGAAUUACUGGUAUUGUUUUGGAAGUUGUGCGAUUUAAAUAAGAAAUUCUUGUUCUAUGUGUUGAAAAGUAGCGAUGUCUUAAACGUGCUAGUGCCGAUACUCUACCACCUGAACGACUCAAGAGGAGACCCUUCUCGUAUUGGUUUGAUGCAUAUUGGUGUCUUCAUUCUUCUUCUGUUAAGCGGCGAAAGAAAUUUUGGUGUUCGACUGAACAAACCAUAUUCUGUACGCAUACCGAUGGACAUACCCGUUUUUAACGGAACACAUUCUGACCUGCUUAUUAUAGUUUUCCACAAAAUAAUAACAACGGGUCACCAAAGACUACACCCCUUAUUUGACUGUUUACUGACCAUCAUUGUGAACGUGUCGCCAUAUUUGAAAUCACUGUCCAUGGUGGCAGCAAACAAACUUCUUCAUCUGCUGGAGGCUUUCUCAACACCAUGGUUUUUGUUCGCAAACUCCACGAAUCAUCAUUUAGUGUUUUUCCUGUUGGAAACUUUCAACAACAUCAUACAGUAUCAGUUCGAUGGGAACGCGCAUUUAGUUUAUGCCAUCAUUCGUAAGCGUAAUGUUUUUCAUCAAUUGGCUAACUUACCCACUGAUCCAAGCGGUAUAAAAAAACCUGGAAAACAUGAAAGGAAAUCCUCAGAAUCCUCAGUCGAUGAAGGGAACAUUGUUCAACCAACGUUGGCCAAUAUACCUACAACGACUAAAACAGUGCAAAACCCGAAUGCAGCCGAAGAAGCGACAACUAGUCAGAAAGAACAAGACGAGACUAUUGACGCAUCUUACGACGUUACAGCACCUGUUAACAGAGAAGGCAACAUGCGAAGAGCAAACAUUGGAGAGAAAGGCGUAGGCGGUGGCUUUGCACCAACUUCAGAAUGGGUUCAUUCGUGGAAGCAGAAAUUACCGCUGCAGACAAUCAUGAGACUGCUGCAAGUUUUGGUGCCACAAGUGGAGAAAAUUUGUAUUGACAAAGGUUUAACUGAUGAAUCAGAGAUUAUCAAAUUUCUUCAACAUGGUACCUUGGUCGGGUUAUUGCCUGUACCGCAUCCUAUACUAAUACGAAAGUACCAGGCGAACAGUGGAACCCAGCUUUGGUUUCGUACAUACAUGUGGGGCAUUAUAUACUUAAGAAACAUUGAUCCACCGAUAUGGUAUGAUACAGACGUCAGGCUAUUUGAAAUUCAAAGAGUAUGAAAAUUCUGACAAGAGAAAGAGUGAUUUACGUCGGUAAAAAGUUCUUAUUCCUCUACUUUCUGGUAAUAUGUUCUUAAAAAUAUGUUUGAAGGAUGUAAAGUGGAAAAAAACUUUUUCCAUCUUGUCAAGCUUGUGUUAAAUAUAAAGCAGAAAUAAUUAAUGAUUAUGAGAGCAUAUAAUUUAUCAUUUGUGCAACAAUUUGGAAACUUUUUCGUACUUUAAGGCGGCUACGAAUGUCUUUGCUACUCUCUAUCAGAAAGACUUGACACUGUUAGCUUUUUGACCGCCCGUGUGCAUCAAAUUUCAUGUUGGCCACUAAUGAUGAAAAGUAAAGCCACAUUUCGUAGCCGCUUUAUUACUUUAUUCAGAUAGUAAUUAUUACAAAGUAUAAAAAAUAGUAUUUUAGCAAAAGCAGGGGAAAGAGCGGCUUAGAAUUUUGAAGCUUAACCUUAUAUUUUAAAGAAAUCGUAGAAUUGUUUCUUCGAAGAAGCCUGUGUUGAUAGAAGCCGUAGCUAAAAAACGUCUACUUUUUCGUUGUUAAAUGUGUUGUUUUUUACUUAAUUACUGUUUUUUUCUAAAACUUAAUUCUAAAUGGUCAAUUAACUUUUAAAGCAUUUUUGUACCCGCGUAAAUUCGUAAAAGCGCUUCUCCAUUAGGCGGAAUAUUCUGAGCCUAAUAACUUUGAGCUUUAAAAUCUCCACUGCUGGGAGUAGAAUUCUUUUGGCGACACAGUAUGUUACCUCAGUCAAUUAGAAUGCCGACCAGAAUAUUUUGGCUAGUGGAGACGAGCCUUAAACAGGAUUUCGUUUGUCUACCAACUUUAAAAUCAUUCUCGCUUCGUAGACAACUUGGAUUAACAAAAAAUCGUAUUAAGAAGCCUUAACGCUCAUUUCCAUUCGACUGCGUUUUCCACAAAAAGCUCACGUGUUUGUUCUUUUUAGGGCGUGCGCAGUUACACAUCUCCCGCGAUAAAAAAAAAAGACUCGUGAACUUAUUUGCACUAUAGUGUAAAAUGCAGUCAAAUGGAAACAAGCCCUUACGGUGUUAUUUAAACAACCCUGCAUAUUAUUCCUUAUUUCUGGAAAUAUAUCCUUAUUAUACAGUCGUUAAUGAUUUUGGCCUAAAUAGCCUAACCAAAAACUUCCACGCUUUAUGUGGCUGGCCUAAUUCUUAAACACAGUUCGAUGAGAUAGCUGUCGUGGGUUCACACAAUAUGUCAGGUUUAGCAUUCUGAAAAUAGUUUUAAUUUUAGUGAUUCGAAUUUUCUUAACAACGAAGUUUCGUUCUGUGGCCGAGUUUUUUAGAUUUUUUUGUUCUUUGUGUGUUUGAGUAAUUUUCUGAGUUUAUUUAAAAAAGGGGAAAGUUAUUAGCAAUUUCUUUUUUUCAUUUUUAUUAAGAAAUGUAAUUAUUUAUUAGUAGUAUUUAUUUAAAGGGAAGAAUAAUUAUAAAACUUA